CUACUACAUCAAUACAUUGAAGUGAGUUAACGUUUUAGAAGGAAAAAAAAUGAGCAGCGUGAGGAAAGGGCCGCCGAAGCACCAGAACAAAGUCGCCUGGAAACCUAACGCCGGCGUCAAAAUCAAUGAAACCGAAGUGGGUGGAAAGUUUAGGCCUUUCUCAGACAUAACAGGAGUAUGCCUUCGUUGUAAAGAUCAAAUUGAAUGGAAGCGCAAAUAUGGAAAAUACAAACCCCUUACUGAACCUGCUAAGUGUCAGAAGUGUUCGAAAAGAAACGUGCGUCAAGCUUACCACAAUCUCUGCACUGGCUGUGCAAAGGAGCAUAAUGUAUGUGCCAAGUGUUCAUGUCGUGUUGAUGAACAAAGGGAAGUCUCAGAGUUCGGAGAAGAACCUAACUCAAAAUGACAUGAAGGUCGGUGAACUGUUUACAGCAUCAUCACUUGAGGAAUAUGUGGAGGUAAACCGUGAUGAUGAGGAUGAUGAUAAUGAAGAUCAGCUCCAAGUUAUUUGAGAUGUGCAUUUUGGAGAAUAAAUUUCAUAUGGCCCUUUAUAGAUUUCUCUUCACGGUCGAUAAUUUGAUUCACACUUGCACAUUUGAAUUGGCAGCUUUGGGGAAAAGAAGUGAAUUUGUUGGCCACAAUUGAUAUAGGCUGUUUGAUUCGGAUUUUCUUAGCUAGUGAUUAAGAGUUCUCAGAGUGUAAUACAGGCUAAAAUAGAUUCUUAAGCCUAUUUAAUUUAAAAUAGGCUAUAGUAUGAGGUGAGAAGUUAUAAGUUUUGCAGCGGAUAUCCUUCGGCCUUAAGUUCUUUUCUUUAUUGGGGUAGUCUUGUAGAAAUUUUAUCCGAAUAUGCGAUUCAGCUUAAAAGACAGCUUGCUUCACGAUAUAGUGAUGUAAGAGCAUUGGUGUUUUGCUAGUCAAUUUACUCAUAUUACUAGUUGGUCUUUGGUUUUUGGGA